GGCGGGGGAAUAUCAAAGGUUUGCGUUCGUCAAAAGCGGCGGCCUCGCUCCGAACGUUCCGACUGAUUUCCGUCGCGUCAGCUGUUCCCCUCCGCCGGUGCUGAGCAGAAGGAAGUGGAAGCGCGCAACGAGGCGCAUAGAAAUCUCACCGACACCCAGCGCGAACACGCAGGCAACACGUCUCGCGAAUGUCUGCAUGCCCGAAAAUGCAACAGCAAGCGAACGGCGACGGUGCCGUGGCUUCGCCGAGGAAGAAACAGCGUACGUCUAACAUAGCAACGAAUGACCUGAUAUCGAAGGUCACGGUGGUGCUCGGCGCGCAAUGGGGUGACGAGGGCAAGGGAAAGGUCGUGGAUAUGUUAGCGAUGGACGCUGACGUCGUCUGCAGGUGUCAGGGAGGAAAUAAUGCAGGGCAUACUGUAGUUGUAGAAGGUGCCGAAUUCGACUUUCACCUUCUGCCUAGUGGAAUAAUCAAUCCCAGAUGCAAAUCCGUAAUAGGUAAUGGAGUAGUGAUUCAUUUACCUGGUUUGUUUGAAGAACUGGAAAAGAAUGAAGCUAAAGGACUUAAGGAUUGGGAGGACAGGCUUGUGAUAUCAGAUCGGGCACAUAUAGUGUUUGAUUUUCAUCAACAGGUUGAUGGAUUACAAGAAUUAGAAAAAGGCACGCAGUCACUGGGAACUACCAAAAAAGGGAUAGGACCGACUUAUUCGAGCAAAGCUGCUAGAAAUGGACUCAGAAUCGGAGACCUUCUUGGAGACUUUGACAAGUUCUCCCAAAAGUUCAAUACCUUGGUUACGUCAUAUCAAAAGAUGUUUCCUGCACUACAUGUCGAUAUUAAAGCUGAAUUGGAGCGUUAUAAGCAAUAUUCUGAACGUAUAAGACCGUACGUAAAGGAAACUGUCCAAUAUUUACACCAAGCUUUAAAGGAUGGUAAAAAGGUUUUGGUGGAAGGUGCAAAUGCAGCAAUGUUGGACAUUGACUUUGGAACUUAUCCGUAUGUCACAAGUUCAAACUGCAGUAUAGGUGGAGUGUUAACAGGUCUUGGUUUACCUCCUAACACAAUUGGCGAGAUAAUUGGUGUCGUGAAAGCCUACACCACCAGAGUUGGUGAUGGACCAUUUCCCACAGAAUUGUUAGAUUCUACUGGAGAAUUACUACAGAAGAGAGGCCAUGAAGUUGGCGUAACCACAAAACGAAAAAGACGUUGUGGAUGGCUCGAUUUACCGUUGCUAAAAUUUACAGCACUAGUUAAUGGAUACACAUCCAUAUGUUUAACAAAAUUGGAUAUUCUGGACACCUUACCGGAAAUAAAAAUAUGUGUUGGAUAUCGAUUAAAUGGAAAGGAUAUAGAUUAUUUUCCAAGCAGCACUUCGGAAUUAGCGAAAGUCGAAGUUGUAUACGAAAAAGUUGAUGGUUGGCAAUCUACCACCGAAGGUGUACGAUCUUUAGACAAACUGCCUCCGAAUGCACAUAAAUAUAUACGCAUCAUAGAAGAAUACUUAAAUGUAGCAGUCAAGUGGAUCGGCGUAGGAGCAGGUCGAGAGAGUGUAAUUGCCCUCUGACGAUAUACAGUUCACAAAAUGUUACUUAAAAAGCACAUGAUAUUAAAUGUAUUAUUAAUUUUAAUUUUAUUUGUAACGUUUGCAAUGCAAAGCUGAUAAGCGCACACAAAGAGAAAGAUUUUAACAAUAAGUUUAUAGUGAAUGUAGUAUUAUUGUUGGAUUUAAGUAACACACUAAAUGUACACACGUAAUAUUGUACAAUGUGAAUGUUUAGUCAUUUUGUAGUCAGUAUCAGCGCUAACAAGUAAGCCGAAGAAUUAUCAGAAAUGUUCGUUAUGUGUUAUCUAUUUUAAAUAGUUCUGUUUAUAGAUAUAUACAUACAAAUAUGUGUAUAUAUUAAGAUAUACUUGUGUUAUUUAUCAAUGAAUGCCUUCAAUUUUAUCAUUUUAUAUGUUUAGUUCAUUGUACUAUGUUCUAGAAAAUAAUUUGCCAAAUGCUAAAUUUUUAAUAAUAUAUGUCUACUGAUAGAGAAAAUGUGCUGCCACAUUGUUGAAAAAGUUAAUAUCUGCAAAGUAAAGAUUAAUAUAUCUCGAA